AUGGCCAGAGCUCAGAAGGGUUUUGUAUCGUCCAGGUGCGGCCACAUCGCGCCUAGCACAAGUGGUAUAGCUCCUAUCAGUGCAGCAGAUGGGGUAGGGAAGCAUUUACAUAAGACGCAUCAAAGUAUAUACAAACUGGCUUUCAAAGUUUUCCUGAACGACAAGGUUACAAAGAUAAAAGCGAAAUGGACUGAAAAAUCUAAAAGAGAUGGUUUAUGGGAGAAAGCUCAUAACCAAAAUGGUAAGCGUAUUGUGAAUCUGAUAACAGAGUUGAAUGGUUUAUGGAGGCGAAGACAGCAGGCUGCCAAGCAAGUGGAUGUUCUUGUUCCGGAAGUUAUUCAGUCAACUGAAGCUGUCUUGAUUUUAGAGUAUAUGGAUGGGAUACGUAUAAAUGACUCUGAAUCCCUGGAAGCUUUUGGCGUUGACAAGCAGAAGAUUGUAGAAGAAAUUACAUAGGCAUAUGCCCACCAAAUUUAUGUUGAUGUUUUCAAUGGUGACCCUCAUCCUGGAAGUUUCCUUGUUAGCAAGGAGGCUCCUCAUCGUCCAAUUUUGCCCGACUUUGGGCUCACAAAGAAACUAUCAAACUCUGUGAAACAAGCACUAGCAAAAAUGUUGUUGGCAGCUGCAGAGGGAGACCAUGUAGCUCUUUUGUCUGCCAUGGCAGAAAUGGGACUUACGCUACGUCUAGACUUGCCGGAGCAGGCAAUGGAGUUUACAACAUUAUUCUUCCGUGCUUCCUCACCAGCAGAUGAAGCUUUCGAUACCAUGAAAAAUAUUGUUGAUCAAAAGGAACAAGGCAUGAAACUUAUUCAGGAAAAGAUGAAAUUUAGCCAAAAAGAAAUUAAACGCUUUAAUCCUUUCGAUGCCUUUCCUGGUGAUUUUGUAAUGUUUUCAAAAGUCCUUUCUCUCCUUAGAGGGCUUUCGUCCAUGAUGAAUGUUUGUAUAGUCUAUCUGGAUAUUUUGAGAUCAUUUGCUGAAUCUAUUUUAGAAGGGUCAAAACAUAAUAAGGGACCAGCAGCAAAUCCCCGGUGGAUAUAUGAUACUCCAAUCCAUUCUGAAGUAGAGGCCAAGCUGGGGGAAUUCUUAGUUCAGUUGGGGAAUGAGGACAGAAUACUUGGAAUUCAGGUUUGUACGUACAAAGAUGGUGAGGUCAUUAUAGAUACUGCUGCUGGAGUGCUUGGUAGAUAUGAUCCUUGUCCUGUCCAGCCUGAUAGUCUUUUUAAUGUUUUUUCGGUAACAAAGGGCAUCACAGCAGGCAUGGUGCAUUGGCUUGUUGACAAUGGAAAACUCAAGCUUGAGGAGAAUGUUGCUAAGAUUUGGCCAGAAUUUGGAUCAAACGGAAAAGAUAUCAUAAAGGUCCAUCAUGUGCUUAACCAUACAAGUGGUUUGCACAAUGCUUUGGUUGAGUUUGGAUCAGAAAAUCCUAUGGAAAUUGCUGACUGGGAUGAAUGUUUGAGGCAGAUUGCCAUGUCAAAACCUGAACCUGAAACUGAAUUGGGCCAACAGCAAGUCUAUCACUAUCUGACUUUCGGCUGGCUGUGUGGUGGAAUAAUCGAGCGUGCAUCUGGGAAGAAAUUUCAGGAGAUACUUGAACAAGCAUUCAUUCGACCUCUAAAUAUUGAAGGCGAGCUAUAUGUUGGAAUUCCACCAGGUGUGGAAUCUCGACUUGCAACUCUUACAGUAGAUGAAUAUGAUCUCAGGAAGUACCAAAACAGAGGUUACCAUUCUGACGUACCCACUACUUACCGUCUUGACCAAAUUACAGAACUUAUCACCACCUUGCCUGUUUUCUUUAACAUGCUGAACAUUCGUCGUGCCAUCUUACCUGCUACUAAUGGACAUUGCUCAGCCCGUGCAGUUGCACGCUACUAUGCAGCCCUAGCUGAUGGGGGAGUGAUCCCACCCCCACAUUCGUCUCUAUCCAAGCCACUACUUGGUAGUCACACCCACAUCCCCAAAUUUCCUUCACAGGAGAAGUCAAAAAAGCCAAAAGGUAAGAAAAGCAAGGAGGUAACUGCUGCUUCAAAGGAAAGCACAAACAACAAAGGUAAAGAUGCUGGUGUUGAUGGUUACACUCGACUCACAAAUAUUGGUAGCAUGAUUUUUAGUAACCCUAAAAUCCAUGAUGCAUUCUUGGGUGUGGGUGAUUAUGAGAAUUUGACCUUUCCGAAUGGGCCAUUUGGACUGGGGUUUAAGAGAAAUAAAGCUGCAGAUGGAACGAUUAUUGGUUAUGGGCACUCGGGCAUCGGUGGAUCAACAGGUUUCUGUGACAUAAAAAACAGGUCUGUCUCGGUGUCCUUUAACAAAUUGUCAUAUGGUGCUACAACUGCAAAAAUCGUUGACUUUGUUUGUUCAGAGCUAAAUAUCCCACUGCCGGUUGAGUUUUCAUUUGUUAAGCACUUUGAGAAGCCUCUCAUUCGCUGAAAUUGAGUAUCUCAUAGCCCCUUUGUAUAAACUAUAUCCAAAUCAAAUAUUGCCUCCAUAGAGGAUGAAUUAUCAAACAUUU